CGUCCUCCGCGGGUAGUGGAGCCCGUUUGUUCCGCCCGCGCCUGCCCGACAGCCGGAGCCUGUGGUAAGCGGAAAGACCGAGGAGCGUCCUGUCCGCGGCACCGUGGCCUCCUCCCCGCCCUCGCGCUGAGAACCCCGGGUCCCGAUGGAUGUGGCUGAGAGCCCUGAGCGGGGUGCUCGCUCUCCCGAGGGCGACGAGGAGCAGCAGGGGCUCUCCGACGAUGACAUUCUCAGGGGAAGCGGGUCCGAUCAGGAUGCGGACGGGGCCGGGGAGGACGAGGAGCCGGCAGCCGGAGCGCCGGGCCCCGAGGAGGACCCCUCUGACGAGGAGGACGGGGCGAGUGAGGCCAAGUCUCAGGACCAGGACUCGGAGGGCAAUGCCUUGAGCAGAGGUCCCGCACACUCCCCGUGUGAAGAAGAGGGGGAUGACGGGGAAGAAGACCAGACAAGCGACCUCAGGGACGAGGCCUCAUCGGUCACCAGGGAGCUGGACGAGCACGAGCUGGACUAUGACGAGGAGGUCCCCGAGGAGCCAGCUCCUGCUGGGCCGGAGGAGGAAGCUGAGAAGGCUGCCGCCGAGGAGGAGGAGGAGAAGGGAGACAGUGCUCCCGGGGAGGACGGGAAAGCGGGGCCCACAGGGGCGGCCGGCCCGGAGCCCCAGGAGGCUGCCACGGACAAGAGGAAGGAGGAUGAUGAUGGCGAGAUCGAUGAUGGGGAGAUUGAGGACGAUGACUUGGAAGAAGGGGAAGUGAAGGACCCAAGUGACAGGAAGGUGAGGCCUCGCCCCACCUGCCGAUUCUUCAUGAAAGAUGUGGCAGCACUGCCCACCCUUCCUCCACCACUGUCAAAUUCCAUCCCCCUCCGAGGCCAGGUGAAAGGGAACUGCACCUGGGGAAUGAACUGUAGGUUUAUACACCCUGGAGUGAACGACAAGGGCAACUAUUCCCUAAUCACCAAAACCGAGCCCUUCCCGCCUAACGGUGCUCCGCCUCUCGGACCUCACCCGCUCAUGCCUGCCAACCCUUGGGGCGGGCCCGCAGUGGAGGAGAUCCUGCCGCCGCCCCCUCCCGAGCCCCCGACAGAGAGCGCCUGGGAGCGAGGACUGCGGCACGCCAAGGAGGUGUUAAAAAAGGCAACCAUUCGGAAGGAACAAGAGCCUGAUUUUGAAGAAAAGCGGUUUACAGUGACCAUUGGCGAGGAUGAGCGGGAGUUUGACAAAGAAAACGAAGUCUUCCGAGACUGGAAUGCUCGUGUGCCUAGGGACGUCAGAGACCCCGCAAUGGAGCCCUACGCGGAUCCCUACUACGACUAUGAGGUUGAGCGGUUUUGGCGAGGCGGGCAGUACGAGAACUUCCGGGUGCAGUACACGGAGGCAGAGCCCUACCACAGCUACCGCGAAAGGGAGAGAGACCGAGAGCGGGAGAACAGACAGCGCGAGCGGGAGCGCGAGCGGGAACGGGAGCGGCGGCAGCGGGAGCGGGAGCGGGAACGGGAGCGAGACAAGGAGCGGCAGCGGCGGAAGGAGGAAUGGGAGCGCGAGCGGGCCAAGCGGGACGAGAAGGACCGUCGCGACCGCGAGAAGGAGCGUGAGAGGCCGAAGCCCCGCUCCCCGCAGCCCCCCAGCCGGCCAGCUGAGCCACCCAGGAAGGAAGCCGCGGCCCCUGGGCCCCAGGUGAAGCGGGCGGACGAAUGGAAGGACCCUUGGCGCCGGUCCAAGUCCCCCAAGAAGAAGCUCGGGGUGUCGGUGUCUCCUAGCCGUGCCCGAAGGCGGCGGAAAACAUCAGCCUCGUCCGCCUCUGCCUCCAACUCUUCCAGGUCAUCCUCACGAUCUUCGUCCUACUCCGGCUCGGGCUCCUCCCGCUCCCGCUCCCGCUCCUCCUCCUACAGCUCCUACUCCAGCCGCUCCUCCAGACAUAGCUCCUUCUCGGGCAGCCGCUCCAGGUCGCGGUCUUUCUCGUCAUCCCCAUCCCCGUCCCCAACUCCAUCCCCACACAGGCCUUCUAUCAGAGCCAAGGGGGAGCCCGCCCCACCUCCUGGGAGAGCAGGAGAGAAGUCUGUGAAGAAGCCAGCCGCGGCCCCUGCCGCACCACAGGCCACCAAAACCACUGCUCUCGCCCCUGAGCCCGGCAAGGGAGACCCCCGGGAAGUAAGGAGGAAGGAGCGACAAGCCAGGACCCCCCCCAGGAGGCGGACUCUGAGUGGCAGUGGCAGUGGUUCCAGCUACAGCGGCUCCAGCUCCCGGUCCAGGUCCUUGAGUGUGAGCAGUGUGUCCUCCGUGUCAAGCGCCACCUCCAGCAGCAGCUCCGUGCACAGUGUGGACUCGGAGGACAUGUAUGCGGAUCUGGCCAGCCCCGUGUCCUCAGCCAGCUCGAGGUCUCCAACCCCAGCCCAAACCAAGAAGGAGAAAGGAAAAUCCAAGCGAGAGGACGGGGCUAAGGAGGACAAGCGGAAGAAGGACUCCUCCAGCCAGCCGGCCAAGUCCACCAGAGCCCCGGCCGGGGGCAAGGCCUCGCAGGCAUCCACGACGCCCCAGCAGGCAGCCCCAGGGCAGGCUGCACAAGGCUCCUUCGUGGCCCACAAGGAGAUUAAGCUAACUCUGCUCAACAAGGCGGCUGACAAAGGGAGCAGGAAGCGCUAUGAGCCGUCAGACAAGGAGCGGCAGAGUCCUCCGGCCAAGCGGGCAAACCUGUCCCCAGAGCGAGGUGCUCGGGACCGCAAGUCGGGCAUCCGGCCGGGCUCCCCGAAGGCUGAGCGGCAGAGGGGCCAGAACGCGAGAGCGCCUGCGGCCCCUGCGGACAGGAAGCGCCAGCUGUCGCCGCAGUCUAAGAGCUCCAGCAAGGUGACCAGCGUGCCUGGCAGGGCCUCGGAGGCUGGCGCAGGCAGCAAGUCGGGCAAGGCCAGCACACUGUCGCGGCGCGAGGAGCUCCUGAAGCAGCUGAAGGCGGUGGAGGACGCCAUUGCGCGGAAGCGCGCCAAGAUCCCUGGGAAGGUGUAGGCCGCCGGCCUGGGUCUGCGGCUGCACCUUACUGUGGCUGCAGUUCUUUUUUAAAAUUAAAAGAAAAGGUUUUCUCAGCUGGAAAGAGGCCACACAUGAGAUGCAGAUGAGGUCAGGUCUUGGCCCCCCCAGAUAGACCUGGCCCCCGGGCAGGGGGCUCGGAUUUUAUGUAAAGUACACGCCCUGCCCGCAGCCCAGCCGCCACAGCAGCCCCCUGCCCCGCCCCGGGCAGGCUGAGCGGCAGCGGUGCGAACCCCAGAUUCUCCUAGAACCACUGGCCUCUCCCCUUCUCCCUGUCCCAGGAUCGGAAAUAUAUAUAUAUAUGUAUAUAUAUAUAUUCUUGACUAAAUUCUGGCUGGGAGACAUUUUCUGUCUUUUAUUUUAAGCAUCAAAUUGUUUUAGUUGAUUAAAAAAGAAAAAAAUUACAGAAAAGACUUAAAAAAAAAACAGGCCAAGGAUGUCGUUGGGGCGUCAAAUGUGGAGGGUCUUUUUUGAGGGUUCUCCUAAAAUAAAAUAUUUUGAUAAGCA